CUAAAUUAAAUAACUCAAGCAUAUUUUCAUACAAAUCAAUGAAAUGUUGAGCAGAUGAAGUUCCCAACACUGGGUUCUCUCUCCCCGGGCCCCUAGGCAUUCAGUGAAUAGAGACGCUCCAGAUCCGAGUCCAUUCAUAAUCGGAUCCUGGUAUUUUGCGGGUGUCCGAAUCCAAAGAGACGCUCCAGAUCCAAUCCAACACAAAUUCAAAAAGUUUCAUUUCGCUCUCUUCUCUCUCUCUUUCUUUCCUUGUUCCUUUCUCUGUCAACUCAACUCUCUCCGAUAAUUUUCAAAUCUCAAUCCCCCCAACGGCUCUUUCUUCUUUCUUCUUACCUCUCCCCAUUUCCAUCGCCUCUCUCUGUCCUUCUUCCUCUGCCCCCCCAAAAAAUGAAGCGCUUCAUGCUCCCAAGAAACCCUCUCAGGGACGCAGCAGAGCUUCCUUCUUCGCCAAGCCCAACCCCAACUACCAGCUCCGCCAAACCCCGUCCCUCUUCUCGCAAACACAAACCCUCCAAAGAGAACGACCCUCCCUCCGAUCCCAAUCUCGUUACUCCCUCCCCUGCCAAAUUGAAGAGCCCCUUGCCCCCGAGACCCCCUUCUUCCAACCCUCUCAAGCGCAAGCUCACCGCCGCCGAUGCCCUAACCGACAAUUCCCUCCCCGCACCCUCCGAUUCCGGCGUCAAGGUUAUUGUCAGGAUGAGGCCGCUGUCUUCGGACAAGGACGAAGGAGAUCCCACAGUUCAGAAGGUUUCCAAUGAUUCCUUGUCCAUUAAUGGAUACAAUUUCACCUUCGACUCCGUUGCUGACAUGGCGGCUACUCAGCUGGAUAUUUUCGAACACGUUGGGGUGCCUCUGGUGGAGCAUUGUUUGGCCGGGUUCAAUAGUUCGGUUUUUGCUUAUGGACAGACGGGGAGUGGGAAGACUUAUACAAUGUGGGGUCCUGCCAAUUGUUUGUCGGAUGAAAAUGAUCAGCAAGGACUUGCCCCCCGUGUUUUUCAGCAACUCUUUGAACGCAUAAGUGAAGAGCAAACUAAGCAUUCUGAAAACCAACUCAGCUAUCAGUGCCACUGCUCUUUUCUUGAGAUAUACAAUGAGCAAAUCAUGGAUCUGUUGGAUCCAAGUCAGAAAAACCUACAGAUUAGAGAAGAUGUCAAGUCUGGUGUCUAUGUUGAAAAUCUUACAGAGGAGGAUGUGUCUUCAAUGAAGGAUGUAACUCAGCUUUUAAUAAAGGGACUAUCGAACAGGAGAACUGGUGCAACCAGUAUAAAUUCUGAGAGUUCCCGCUCCCAUACUGUUUUUAUUUGUGUUGUUGAAUCUCGAUGCAAGAGUGCAUCAGAUGGCAUGAGCAGAUUUAAAACAAGUAGGAUCAAUCUUGUUGACCUAGCUGGGUCAGAACGGCAAAAAUCAACAGGUGCCGCAGGAGAGCGAUUGAAGGAAGCUGGCAAUAUUAAUAGAUCACUCUCACAGCUUGGGAAUCUGAUUAAUAUUCUUGCGGAAGUCUCUCAAACAGGAAAGCAGCGGCAUAUACCGUAUAGAGAUUCUAGGUUGACAUUUUUGUUGCAGGAGUCUCUUGGAGGAAAUGCAAAAUUAGCAAUGAUUUGUGCUAUUUCACCAGCACAAAGUUGUAGGAGUGAAACAUUCAGUACACUGAGAUUUGCACAACGUGCCAAAGCUAUCAAGAACAAGGCAGUUGUUAAUGAAGUUAUGGAAGAUAAUGUGAAGCACUUGCGACAAGUGAUUCGGCAACUAAGGGAUGAACUUCAUCGAAUUAAAGCAAAUGGUUACAACCCAAUGGAGUCAAGUGGAGGUCAUUCAGCAGCUUGGAUCCGACGAAGCUUGACUUUAUUACAAUCCAGCCUCAACCGGCCACCACCAUUAUCCCGUCUUGAUGAAGAUGGUGAUGAGGAGAUGGAGAUUGAUGAGGAAGGUCUUGAGGACCAUGAUGGAGUUUCCUACAAUGCCAAUAUGCCGAGUAAUUGUAAUAUUAUAGCCGAUAAUGACAAUGAAAUGAACACUAAUGAUCAGGAUUUGGCUCAACCUAGCGAGGAGGAAAAUAUAGCUAGUUGUUCUGUUAGUAAAGGUUUGAAUGAAGAACCAUCCUGUGCAAUGGUCCGAAGCAGUUUCUCUUGUCCUGUGGGUGAAUCUGAUUCUCCUAGUGCAGCAAUGAAUUGUGUCUCGCCUGCCGGCCUCAGCAUAGUUCACUGCGAUUUAUCCCCAAUCCUUUCCCCAACUCCUAGUGUUUCACCUAGAAUCAGCACCAGCAGGAAAAGUCUGAGGACAUCAACAGGGCUGUCUCCUUCUGAGAAUGAUCUUCAUGUUGAAAAAGAUUUGGACAUGAAAACCAGCAAUAAGAAAAGCUCAACUUCUGCCUUUUCUAGUCAGACAGCUCCAAAUUUCCUUAAUAAAACAGAAAAUUUAGCAGCAAGCAUACAGCAUGGUCUUGAAAUUAUCGAUAGUUACCAACGUAAUUCAGCUUUGAGGCAGUCACCAUAUAGGUUUUCAUUACAACCAAGAAAAUCUAAAUUAACUUUUCCAGCUAGCAAAGUUGAUGUGGGCCUACAGACUUCUCUUGAUGAUAUUGUUGGAGAAGAUUCUGUUUUAUUCACCUGUAGUAAUUGUAACAGCAGAACGCAACUUCAUGUCAAUGAGACUGACAAUGAUUCAAACCUACAGUUGGUACCUGUUGAUUGCCAUGAGUCUGCUGAUAAGACAAAGAAGCAAGUUAUCAAAGCAGUAGAGAAGGUUUUGGCAGGAUCUAUAAGGAGAGAAAUGGCCCUUGAAGAGUUCUGUGCCAAGCAGACCUCUGAGAUAAUGCAGCUUAAUCGCCUGGUGCAACAGUACAAGCAUGAGAGGGAAUGCAAUGCCAUAAUUGCACAGACAAGGGAAGAUAAAAUUCUUCGCCUUGAGAGCCUUAUGGAUGGUGUUUUACCCACUGAAGAGUUCAUGGAGGAAGAGCUAGUGGUUCUUACCCAUGAGCAUAAGAUUUUAAAGGAAAAGUAUGAGAAUCAUCCAGAAGUUUUGAAGAUGGAGAUAGAGUUGAAAAAAGUGCAAGAGGAACUAGAGAAGUAUCAAAAUUUCUACAAAUUGGGGGAGAGAGAAGUGUUGAUGGAAGAGAUACAAAGUUUAAGAAGUCAGCUUCAAUUUUAUGUUGACUCUUCAUCCACAUCAGCAAGGAAGCAGUAUCCAUUAUUGCAAUUGACUUACUUGUCUGAGCCCAGUAUGGCAGCAACCCUCACCGCCAUUCCAGUGUCGACAGAGGAGAGAGUAGAGACAAAUGAAACUCUUGCAUCAUCCAGGAAUGAUAUUGAAGUACAAUUUGAACAAGAAAGAAUUAAAUGGACAGAGGCAGAAAGCAGGUGGAUUUCUCUUUCUGAAGAACUGAGAGCUGAGCUUGAAAGUAGCAGGUUGCUAGCUGAAAAGAGAAAGCAGGAAUUAGAUGCUGAGAGACAGUGUACUCAGGAGCUUCAGGAAGCCAUGCACAUGGCUAUAGAAGGCCAUGCAAGACUUUUAGAGCAAUAUGCAGAUUUGGAAGAGAAGCACAUCCAUUUGCUUGCAAGGCAUAGACAGAUCCAGGAUGGAAUUGAGGAUGUCAAGAAAGCGGCUUCCAGAGCAGGAGUACGAGGUGCGGAGUCUAAGUUCAUAAAUGCCCUUGCUGCUGAAAUUUCAGCUUUAAAAGCAGAAAGAGAAAAAGAACAGCGAAUCUUAAGAGAUGAAAAUAAAGGGCUUCAGUCUCAGUUGAAGGACACUGCAGAAGCAGUGCAAGCUGCUGGUGAACUGCUUUUGCGGCUUAAAGAGGCUGAAGAAGCUGUCACUACUGCACAGAAACAGGCUAUGGAUGCAGAACAGGAAGCUGCCAAGGCCUACAAACAAAUUGAUAAGUUGAAGAAUAAACACGAAAAGGAGAUUAUCACACUUAAUGAGCUUCUUGCAGAAGCACGUUUGCCAAAGGAAUCUGUACUACCGACUUAUGAUGACGAUGGUGUCAUGCCCAGUUAUGACAACUCAAAGGAGCCAAACAGUGUUAAUGAUCAGUUUGAGCCCUUUACUAAUAAUGCAGAGUAUGGUGAGCUUGCCAAACUAGCAGAACCAUCGUGGUUCUCUGGUUACGACAGAUGUAAUAUAUAAAUAUCAUCACAUUGUGUAAUUUUGUAUUAAUUUGUUCAUAUGAUUUGAAGAAGAAAUGAUUGUAUUCUUUCGUUCUUACAUAAACGAGUUUAUCUCAAUAGUCUUCCCUUACUCUAAAAUCUAUUUUGAGUAGGCAGAUUUACCUGAUA